UUUCGUCUGAUAUGUCGGAUAUGUUUGUCCAUCCCGGACACCGUCGAUACGUGACCAGUAUCGUGCGCAUGUGUCAGAACGCGGAAGGAGAGUUGUUGAGAGUGUUUAGUAGGACUCAAAAACACAGGUGGUCGGAGGCUUUGGGAGGCCGCUGAGGAUGACCAGUGCACUCUGUAGCAGAGCCGUAUUGGUGUCACGCCUCCCUGGUAUCCGUGACCUUUUGUGCCGGGUGGCAGCGACCAGGGCUUUCUCCACUGAGUCCCAGACCGUGUGGCCUGAUGAGAAUAUGGGCCCCUUUGGGCCCCGUGACCAGCGUUUCCAGCUACCUGGAAACGUAGGCUUUGCCUGCCACCUGGAGGGCGCCCGAGGCCCCCAGAGAGGCCCCGCUUAUGUGAUGGCCCCCGACGUGCUAUCUGCGCCCUCCAGCAGUGAGAGGCACGAGUUCAUACUGGCGCAGUUUAUCACCGAGUUCCAGCUUCCUCAGGGAAAAGAAUCGCCUUUUCCAGAGAGAGUCAGUAAGGCAGAGCUGUAUUUUGAGGACUCUAAUGUGGAGUGUGCCAUUCAGCCCUGCCCUGAGCUGCUCAAACAAGAUUUCGAGUCCAUGUUUCCAGAGGCACCAGUCAGUGGCAUGAUGGUCGUCACAGUGACGCAGAAAACACAGCACGACAUGACCUUGGGGUGCGAGGAGGUGACUAGAGAACGAGAGGAGCUGCUUAGUAAACCCCCAAUGAGCAAGCCGGAGGUGACAGUGGCAAGGAAAAACUCCCUAGAAGGAAGAAACCUUGGGAGGAACCAGAAUCCAAGGGGGGAGCCCAUCCUCCAGGGGGCAGCAGAGGGAUGUCAAAUGGGCUUGAUGGCAAAGUCCCAGCUCACGCUGUCCCGAAUUUAAAAUUCGACUCUCAAAUUCACACUGCAUGAAAAAAGUGAGCCCACCUCAUACCAGAUAUCUGUGUUUUUGCAGACUAGUGCUGCAUGAGAUACCAGUGCUGAAAGCUUUCAGAUUACAUUUUUUAAGUACCGGUACUUAAUUACACCAUUACAGGUAGUUCUCACUUUCUGGGCUCCUGAUUUACAAAUUUAUAUCUUUCCUGUGGCAAAAAAAUGAAAUUAAAUUUUUCAUAAUGUAUACCAAAGAUUGCACAUGAAGUGUGCUGCCAAAAGCUUUGUUUUGUGAAAUUUGUUUAAAUGUGAUUAUAUUUUUGAUUAAAUGUUAAUUCUAAUAAUACGUUUGUGUUCAUUUGUUUGGUAGAAAUACAUAAUUUUUUGGCUGGAACCAAAGUCAUAAUUUUUAUAACAUUUCCAUGGGAAAAUAGAACAAAUUCUUGAUUAACGAGUGAUAAUUUGGAACAAACGAUCUUGUAAAGUCAAGAAUUACCUGUAUAGACAUUGCUAAUGCUACCUGUAUAGACAUUGCUAAUCGUGCUAUAUUGGAUAUUGAAAUGUCAGAUAGCUUAAUCUCCCCAACUUCAAGUCGGAGUACUUUGUAAGGGAUCUUGUAGCCUCUUUGCUAUAUUAUGUUAACAUCAGAUUAGCAUCUGUACCUACACUACACUAUAACUACGCUGUUAGUUAAUCUAGCAUAAUUUGCUGAGCGGAAAGGUGUUUUAUGUUUAUUUUUUUUUUACGAUGGAGAGUAAUGGUGAUGAGUUUGAUCAUGAAAGAAAUGUACUGUUUUGCGUGUUGCAUUUUAUUUUUUUUUAUUUUUUACUCCAUCAGCGUAAGACCCUCUCGAAAUCCAUAUAACAAAUUCAAGUGGGCCAGGGCAUGGUAUGGGGUGAUCACGCUAAUCAAACCAACUGGACUUUGGUGGUCAAACUUGCUCAAGCAUGGUAAGGGUUGGCUGGUGUGAGCUGUAGGUUUUCCACCAGGAAGCUGUUGGCACUGUGGACACAGCCUCAUGCUGUGUUGCUAGCUGGGUGACACUGAUCGUUUACUCCUGCCUGGCUGUCGGCAUAGCUAGGCUGUGCGCUGAUCCCGGCGGUGUGCGCAGACACUGUGACGGAGGCACUUGAGAACAGACAGACCUGUUAGCUGCGAGUUAGUUAAACCUGGUUUUAGGGUUUUUGACAGGUGGCUGCUGAGCUUUGAAAUCGUCGCCCCGACACGGGUUAGCAGUUAGGUGACAGGGUCAGUGUUUGACGCGUCUUCGUUAGGGACUGCAUUG